AUGGCUCCUCGACCAAUCCUCUAUCCACUCAAGACUUCGAAGAGUGUUAUGUACCCAUCGGAGCUUCGAGACACCUCAUCUACCACUACUGAGACAAGCCAAAGAGAACCAGGCAAUGGCCCAUCAGUUCCUCCCCCACGUGCUUAUACAGACUUUCUCCGAGCGUUGAGUCCUUGCUACGCAAGCCCAGAAGGGAUCAACGCAAGUUAUACGAGAUGGAUGAGGAGCAGAGCUCUACCAUCGCCCAUCUCGCUGCCAUCGACCGCCACCACUGUCUCCUUCCCAACCAGCAAUACAUCGAAGAGCAGUCCUAUUUCUGUCUCCCCAUCCCCGGUACCUGCACCACAGUCCGCAAGGGAGCCUGGUUCUGUGCGGCGUCUCCGCAUCUCGCCGCCAUUCUUGCUGUCCCCGACAACGGCAGAGUCUCCCCGAAGUCCUUAUACAAUUCGGACCCCUUACACGCCAGCAGAACGGAGAAGCAGGCAUUCCGAGACCCCAGAUACAGCCAAUGGAAGGACUGUUACCAUCCAACAUGUUGUCACGCACACGAUUACUCUCAAACGUGCUCCUUCGCUUGACCCGCCACCGAAGGGCAAACGCAGAAGGACCAGCGAGUCACGGGAUCAGUGA